UGGGAACCGCACGCGGAGCUCUCGGUGGGGCGCCCAGGACCCUGGGAUCCCCCGCCCGCGCAGGAAGUCGCUCUGGAGACUCGAGAGCGCAGGCGGCGGCCGGGCAGGGAGAGGCGGGCCUCAGCGCAGAUUGGGUCAGGCACGCGCAAGGGCAGCCCACGACGGCCGUCCCAGAGGCCCCAGCGCCGCCGAGGUCCUAAUAGGCAGCACCGUCUUCCGCCGCACGUGGCUGCAGCGCGAUGCCCAAAUCCAAGCGCGACAAGAAAGUCUCCCUCACCAAAACCGCCAAGAAAGGCUUGGAACUGAAACAGAACUUGAUAGAAGAGCUUCGGAAAUGUGUGGACACAUACAAGUACCUCUUCGUCUUCUCCGUGGCCAACAUGAGGAACAGCAAGCUGAAGGACGUCCGCAGUGCCUGGAAGCACAGCCGGAUGUUCUUUGGCAAAAACAAAGUGAUGAUGGUGGCCCUGGGUCGAAGCCCAUCUGACGAGUACAAAGACAAUCUGCAUCAGGUCAGCAAGAAGUUGAGGGGUGAAGUUGGUCUCCUUUUCACCAAUCGCACUAAGGAGGAAGUGAACGAGUGGUUCACGGAAUACACGGAGGCGGACUACGCCCGAGCUGGGAACAAAGCCGCUUUCACCGUGAGCCUGGGCCCGGGGCCCCUGGAGCAGUUCCCGCACUCCAUGGAGCCGCAGCUCCGGCAGCUGGGCCUGCCCACGGCCCUCGAGAGAGGUGUGGUGACCCUGCUGUCCGACCACGAGGUGUGCAAGGAGGGCGAUGUGCUGACCCCGGAGCAGGCCCGCGUCCUGAAGCUUUUCGGGUACGAAAUGGCCGAAUUCAAGGUGACCAUCAAGUACAUGUGGGACGCGCAGUCUGGAAGUUUCCAGCAGAUGGGAGAUGACUUGCCAGAGAGCGCGCCCGAGUCGGAAGGAGAAUCAGAGGAAGAUGACGACAGCUGACGUGCACUUGGGACGGGACCGCGUGGGACUGCCGCUGCCCUCUCGGGGGAGCAGCCGUGUAUUUUGCUGUGGAUGCACACAAGGGAGGGUGACAGGGACAGACUAUUCUAUAAAUGAUGCAACUUUGUCAGCAGGGUGUCCUCUGCAAAAGGGACUUUUCUAGGAAAAAACCCUUGGGUUUGGGCUUUGGUUUGGACCCCCAGGAUUCUUAGUUCACCUCAAGCCAGUUUCCAGCACUGGCUGCUGUGUGACCACUGGCGGGGCGGCCCUGGGAGCACAAGAGGAAUCGCCUUCUCCUUUCCUCUGGCCCUCGGCGCCCCUGGCUUGAAACUGGGAUUUGUUUGAGGAAAACAGGCACUCUGCCUGCCGCUCUCCUACCCCUACUCUCUAUUCUCUUUCCCACCCCCAACCCCCAAAACCAGGGCCGAGAAACUUGGGGGUGACCAGGAGACAGGAGGUGUUGGCUAAAGCAAGAAUAAAGCCACUGCCGAAACUGAAUGAAUGUAAAAAAUAUUCCACUGCAUCCUGGGAGGUUUUAGUCUUCUGGGUGGUGGCUCCAGGUGGUAGGUUUUUGCCCAGAUUGUUCUGUCUAUAAGUAUUUAAUGAGGUAAUUCUGAACGAGAGAAAAUCUA